CAGUCAACGUGAUUUCACCGCCAGUCAACGUGACCUCACCACCAGUCAACGUGACCUCACCACAAGUCAACGUGACCUCACCACCAAUAAUCACAACUAUUGGCACUCCAACUACAACCCCAUCAGCUGUCACAAAAACAGAGCCAAUAAUUCAGAUUGGAUUUAAGUUAAAGCAAAAUUUUACAUCACAACUUACAGACAAAUUCUCACCAGAGUUCAAGCAAUUAGAAAACAUAGUAACCACAGCGCUCAACACCGUUUAUUCACAAAAAUAUGGAGCUGUCUUCAAUCGAACUGUCAUCAACAGCUUCAGUCAAGGUUCCGUUGUGGUUGAUGCUCAGCUGAUAUUCAAUAAUGCCAGUGCUGCCAAUGCCAGUGCUGUGGCAAAUGUGCUGGUGGAGGCAACGUCAAACAGUUCCAACUUCUCCCUUCCAUUGGAUGCAUCAAGCGUUGUUGCAAUACAAAUAAGUACAACAGCUGCACCUACAUUAGUCAUGACUUCACCACCAGUCAACGUGACCUCACCAGCAGUCAAUGUGACCUCACCACCAGUCAACGUGACUUCAACACCAGUCAUCAUGACCUCACCACCAGUCAACGUGACCUCACCACCGGUCAACGUGACAUCACCACCGGUCAACGUGACAUCACCACCGGUCAACGUGACCUCACCACCAGUCAACGUGACUUCAACACAAGUCAAUGUGACAUCACCACCUGUCAACGUGACUUCACCACCAGUCAACGUGACAUCACCGCCAGUCAACGUGACCUCACCACCAUUGAACGUGACUUCACCACCGGUCAACGUGACCUCACCACCGGUCACCGUGACUUCACCACCAGUCAACGUGACAUCACCACAAGUCAACGUGACUUCACCGCCAGUCAAUGUGACCUCACCACCAGUCAACGUGACAUCACCACCAGUCAACAUGACCUCACCACCAGUCAACGUGACCUCACCACAAGUCAACGUGACCUCACCACCAAUAAUCACAACUAUUGGCACUCCAACUACAACCCCAUCAGCUGUCACAAAAACAGAGCCAAUAAUUCAGAUUGGAUUUAAGUUAAAGCAAAACUUUACAUCACAACUUACAGACAAAUCCUCACCAGAGUUCAAGCAAUUAGAAAACAUAGUAACCACAGCGCUCAACACCGUUUAUUCACAAAAAUAUGGAGCUGUCUUCAAUCGAACUGUCAUCAACAGCUUCAGUCAAGGUUCCGUUGUGGUUGAUGCUCAGCUGAUAUUCAAUAAUGCCAGUGCUGCCAAUGCCAGUGCUGUGGCAAAUGUGCUGGUGGAGGCAACGUCAAACAGUUCCAACUUCUCCCUUCCAUUGGAUGCAUCAAGCGUUGUUGCAAUACAAAUAAGUACAACAGCUGCACCUACAUUAGUCAUGACUUCACCACCAGUCAACGUGACCUCACCAUCGGUCAAUGUGACCUCACCACCAGUAAACGUGACUUCAACACCAGUCAUCAUGACCUCACCACCAGUCAACGUGACCUCACCACCGGUCAACGUGACAUCACCACCGGUCAACGUGACAUCACCACCGGUCAACGUGACCUCACCACCAGUCAACGUGACUUCAACACAAGUCAAUGUGACAUCACCACCUGUCAACGUGACUUCACCACCAGUCAACGUGACAUCACCGCCAGUCAACGUGACCUCACCACCAUUGAACGUGACUUCACCACCAGUCAACGUGACCUCACCACCGGUCAACGUGACAUCACCACCGGUCAACGUGACAUCACCACCGGUCAACGUGACCUCACCACCAGUCAACGUGACCUCACAACCAGUCAACGUGACCUCACCACCAGUCAACGUGACCUCACCACAAGUCAACGUGACCUCACCACCAAUAAUCACAACUAUUGGCACUCCAACUACAACCCCAUCAGCUGUUACAAAAACAGAGCCAAUAAUUCAGAUUGGAUUUAAGUUAAAGCAAAAUUUUACAUCACAACUUACAGACAAAUCCUCACCAGAGUUCAAGCAAUUAGAAAACAUAGUAACCACAGCGCUCAACACCAUUUAUUCACAAAAAUAUGGAGCCUUAUUCAAUCGAACUGUCAUCAACAGCUUCAGUCAAGGUUCCGUUGUGGUUGAUGCUCAGCUGAUAUUCAAUAAUGCCAGUGCUGCCAAUGCCAGUGCUGUGGCAAAUGUGCUGGUGGAGGCAACGUCAAACAGUUCCAACUUCUCCCUUCCUUUGGAUGCAUCAAGCAUUGUUGCAAUACAAUUAAGUACAACAGCUGCACCUACAUUAGUCAUGACCUCACCACCAGUCAGCGUGACCUCACCACCAGUCAAUGUGACCUCACCACCAGUCAAUGUGACUUCAACACAAGUCAAUGUGACAUCACCACCUGUCAACGUGACUUCACCACCAGUCAACAUGACUUCACCACCAGUCAACGUGACCUCACCACCGGUCAACGUGACAUCACCACCGGUCAAUGUGACCUCACCACCAGUCAACGUGACUUCACCACCAGUCAAUGUGACUUCAACACCAGUUCCCAAUGUUACAGCAGCUUCAACUGCAGCUUCUACUGGUACAGCUCCUAAUGUGACAUUUGCUUCCAGCACUACUACAACUACAGUAACUACCACCACUGCAUCAAUAAAUCCUCCUACAUCUAGUGAGGGAACCCUUGGGCUUAAGUUUAGUCUCAACCAAACAUUUACAUCAGAUCUUUCAGACUCAUCCUCCACGGCAUAUCAGACUUUGGCUGCAAAAGUGAUCCAAGAGGUAAACAAAGUGGCUAAAGCUCUCUAUGGAUCAUCUUUCAGACGCUCCUUCAUUAAUUCAUUCACGAGUGGAUCAGUGAAAGUGGACAUGACCCUUGUGUACACAGAUAAAAACUCAGUUCCUUCAGCAAGCAUUGCAACUUCACAAUUCAGCAAUCAACUUACGAACAGCUCUACUCUGAACAUUAUAUCAGGCAGCGUUUCUGCACAGUCAACAGCAUUAAGCAGUUCUCCUCGAUGCACAAUGGGCUCUUUGGCAGUCUUUUCACUAACACUGCUGGCUGUGGCACAGAUGCUAAUAGACUUAUAACUGACUAGGCCAGUAGCUUCUAGUAUGCUAUCAAGUGUGGAAAAAAGCAAAAACAAAAGACAUAAGUGUGCAUAAUGACAUUUACCAAGAUAAUGUGGUAAAAAGAUGUGCACUGUGUCAAAGAUUGAGACAGUUUUUCAGUAUUUUCCACAUUUGAUGUUACAAUAACUUGUAUUUUAAUUCCAUUUUGUUUGAAUAACUAAUCAUUGAGAUUGUAAGUAAUU